AUGGUGGAACCAGGGCAAGAUUUACUGCUUGCAGCUUUGAGUGAGAGUGGCAUUAGUCCAAAUGACCUCUUUGAUAUUGAUGCAGGGGACUUGGGCCUCGCAACUCCAACCACGCCGACCCCUCCGAUUCAGCAGUCAGUGCCCCUUGGUGCGUUAGAACUAGGGUUGGAGGCUGAGGCCGCACUCCCUGUUAAACAGGAGCCACAGACGCUACCUACGCCGGCACUCUUAAAUGUUAGGCAACAGCCGCCAUCUACUACAACAUUUGUGCUGAAUCAAAUAAAUCAGCUUCCAACCUUGGGAUCGACAAUUGUUAUGACUAAAACACCACCUGUGACAACUAAUAGGCAAACCAUCACGUUGACGAAGUUUAUCCAGACCAGUGCAGCCACGCGCCCUUCGGUCUCUGUACCAGCAGUACGAAGCGCUGUGCCUGUUGCACCACCUAAAGACCAGGUCCAGCUGAAGGACUUACUGAAAAAUAACAGUCUCAAUGAACUCAUGAAACUGAAGCCACCUGCUAAUAUUGCUCAGCCAGUUGCAACAGCAGCUACUGAUGUAAGCAAUGGUACAGUAAAGAAGGAUUCUUCUAAUAAAGACGUGACGAGAAUAUGGAUCAACGACAUGAAAGUGAAUUUUUCCCCAACUGUGAAGGUCCCUGUUGUGAAAGAGGAAGAUGAACCAGAAGAAGAAGAUGAAGAAGAAAUGGGUCAUGCAGAAACCUAUGCAGAGUACAUGCCUAUAAAAUUAAAAAUUGGCCUGCGCCAUCCGGAUGCUGUGGUGGAAACUAGCUCUUUAUCCAGUGUUACCCCUCCUGAUGUCUGGUACCGAACGUCCAUUUCUGAGGAGACCAUUGACAGUGGUUGGUUGUCAGCAUUACAGCUUGAGGCAGUUACUUAUGCAGCCCAGCAACAUGAAACAUUCCUACCUAAUGGAGACCGAGCUGGCUUCUUAAUAGGGGACGGUGCGGGUGUGGGGAAAGGCAGGACGAUCGCGGGCGUCAUUUACGAGAACUACCUGCUCGGUAGGAAGAGAGCGCUCUGGUUCAGUGUUUCAAAUGAUUUAAAGUAUGAUGCUGAAAGAGACUUGAGGGAUAUUGGCGCCAAAAAUAUUUUGGUUCAUUCGUUGAAUAAGUUUAAAUAUGGAAAGAUCUCCUCCAAGCAUAAUGGCAGUGUGAAAAAGGGCGUUAUUUUUGCCACCUAUUCUUCGCUUAUUGGAGAAAGUCAGUCCGGCGGCAAGUACAAGACCAGGUUAAAACAGCUUCUGCACUGGUGUGGCGAUGAUUUCGACGGAGUGAUUGUGUUCGAUGAAUGUCACAAAGCGAAGAAUCUGUGCCCUGUCGGCUCUUCAAAGCCAACCAAGACAGGCUUAGCAGUUCUCGAGCUUCAGAACAAAUUGCCAAAAGCCAGAGUUGUUUAUGCAAGUGCCACUGGUGCGUCCGAGCCACGCAACAUGGCCUACAUGAACCGUCUCGGGAUAUGGGGCGAGGGCACGCCGUUUAGAGAGUUCAGUGAUUUCAUUCAAGCCGUCGAGCGAAGAGGUGUUGGUGCCAUGGAGAUAGUUGCUAUGGAUAUGAAGCUUAGAGGGAUGUACAUUGCCCGACAGCUGAGCUUUACUGGAGUGACCUUCAAAAUUGAAGAAGUUCUUCUUUCUCAGAACUAUGUAAAGAUGUAUAACAAAGCAGUCAAGCUGUGGGUGAUUGCCAGAGAGAGGUUUCAGCAAGCGGCAGAGCUCAUUGAGGCUGAACAGCGGAUGAAGAAGUCCAUGUGGGGCCAGUUCUGGUCUGCACACCAGAGGUUUUUCAAAUACCUGUGCAUAGCCUCCAAAGUGAAGAGAGUUGUGCAGCUUGCUCGAGAAGAAAUCAAGAAUGGAAAAUGUGUUGUCAUUGGCCUGCAGUCCACAGGAGAAGCAAGGACUUUAGAAGCCUUGGAAGAGGGUGGAGGAGAACUGAAUGAUUUUGUCUCAACUGCUAAAGGAGUGUUGCAAUCACUCAUCGAAAAGCACUUCCCUGCUCCAGACCGGAAAAAACUUUAUAGUUUGUUAGGAAUAGAUCUGACAGCUCCAAGUAACAACAGCUCUCCAAGGGACAGUCCUUGUAAAGAAAAUAAAAUAAAAAAGCGGAAAGGUGAAGAAUUAACUCGUGAAGCCAAGAAAGCCCGGAAAGUGGGUGGCCUUACGGGAAGCAGUUCUGAUGACAGUGGCAGUGAGUCUGACGCCUCUGAGAAUGAAGAAAGUGACUACGAGAGCUCAAAAAACAUGAGCUCUGGAGAUGACGACGACUUCAACCCGUUCAGAGACGAGUCCAGUGAGGACGACGAGGAUGAUCCCUGGUUAAUCAGAAAAGACCACAAGAAGAGCAGAGAGAGAAAAAAGAAGAGGAGCAUCGACCCGGAUUCUAUUCAAAGUGCCUUAUUAGCAUCAGGUCUUGGAUCCAAGCGGCCUAGUUUCUCAUCAACGCCGGUCAUCUCGCCUGCUCCUAACAGUGCACCAGCAAAUGCUUAAACUAACAGCAACAGUAGCCUUAUAACAAGUCAGGACGCGGUGGAGCGGGCCCAGCAGAUGAAGAAAGACCUGCUUGAUAAACUUGAAAAGUUAGCCGAAGACCUCCCGCCUAAUACGCUUGAUGAACUCAUCGAUGAGCUCGGGGGGCCUGAGAAUGUUGCUGAGAUGACUGGCCGCAAGGGCAGGGUCGUGAGCAAUGACGACGGAAGCAUAUCCUACGAGUCAAGAUCGGAACUUGAUGUGCCUGUGGAGAUACUAAACAUCACAGAAAAACAGAGAUUUAUGGAUGGAGAUAAGAAUAUUGCCAUCAUCUCUGAAGCUGCCAGCUCAGGUAUUUCAUUGCAAGCAGAUCGGAGAGCUAAAAAUCAACGAAGAAGAGUUCAUAUGACUUUGGAAUUACCCUGGAGCGCUGACCGGGCAAUCCAACAAUUUGGUCGGACUCAUAGAUCCAAUCAAGUUACUGCUCCUGAAUAUGUCUUCCUGAUUUCCGAGUUGGCCGGAGAGCAGAGAUUUGCCUCAAUCGUUGCUAAGAGACUGGAGAGUUUGGGGGCACUUACGCACGGGGACCGGAGAGCGACUGAGUCCCGUGAUCUGAGCAGGUUCAACUUUGACAAUAAGUAUGGGAGAAACGCCUUGGAGAUCGUCAUGAAAUCGAUUGUAAACCUAGACUCUCCUCUGGUCUCGCCACCUCCUGAGUACCCCGGGGAGUUCUUUAAAGAUGUUCGACAGGGAUUGAUCGGUGUAGGCCUGAUCAAUGUAGAAGAUCGCUCAGGAAUUCUUACUCUUGACAAAGGUGUUCAUGCACAGGUUGAGGUGAGGAAAAGUGAUGUAAAGAAGUUUCUGACUCCUGGAUAUUCAACCUCUGGACAUGUAGAGCUGUACACGAUUAGUGUGGAGCGGGGCAUGUCUUGGGAGGAAGCAACCAAGAUGUGGGCCGAGAUGACAGGACCGGACGAUGGUUUCUACUUGUCACUACAGAUAAGGAACAACAAGAAAACUGCCAUCUUGGUUAAAGAAGUGAACCCUAAAAAGAAGCUUUUCUUAGUUUAUAGACCAAAUACUGGGAAACAGCUAAAACUAGAAAUUUACUCUGAUCUUAAAAAGAAAUACAAAAAGGUGGUCUCUGAGGACGCUCGGGCGCACUGGUUAGAGCAGUACAACUCGUCUGCAGAUACCUGUACCCAUGCUUACUGGCGUGGCAAUUGCAAAAAAGCAAGCCUGGGAUUAGUUUGUGAAAUAGGUCUUCGCUGCCGCACAUACUAUGUACUAUGUGGCUCUGUCUUGAGCGUGUGGACAAAAGUUGAGGGUGUCCUAGCAUCGGUCAGUGGCACAAACGUGAAAAUGCAGAUAGUGCGGCUGAGAACGGAGGACGGACAGCGGAUCGUGGGUUUGAUCAUUCCGGCCAAUUGUGUGUCCCCGCUCAUAAACCUCCUGUCGACUUCAGACCAGUCUCAGCAGCUUGCGGUCCAGAGGAAGCAGCUGUGGCAGCAGCACCACCCGCAGAGCUUCACCAACCUGAGCAACGCUUAG